CUGCCGGAAGUAGGGAUUUAGUUCCACGCAACUACAUUACCCAGACUACUAAACCGUUCCUCACCUGCUCAUAACAUUUACUCACAACAUGGCACCUGCUGGCGGGGGUGUUGUGCUGGCGGCUCUGUCGCUGCUGUACUUAUGUGGAGCUAUUUUAUCCAGCGAGUAUUUCUCCACUUUGACUUUCUUCAACAGUGACCUUCACAAGCACGGCUGCAGCUCUCCAGCCGAGUGGGAGGAGUAUGCGGCGGACUGCGAGUCAUCUAUUCUGCAGUUGGAGGAUCCAGACUGUGAAGAGGGGAGCAACCCUCCCUGCGAGUCCAUCUUUUCACUCAAUGCAGAAAAAAUACUUAAUCAGGCAAAGUUGUUUGUCGAACAGCGUAGGUUUCCUUUCGCUGUAGAAAACCAAAAUACCAAUGAAGAACUUGCUAUAGGCUACGUUCUCAUUGGAAAUGGCCUCUAUGAUGAAGCUAUCAAACACUUCUCCUUACUGCUACAGGGAGAUCCUGAACUGGUCAGUGCCAUCUAUGGAAGGGGAAUAGCAUAUGGCAAAAAGAGUCUGCAGGACAUAAAGAAUGCAGACUUGGCUCUGUAUGAGUUGAGCAGAGUGAUCACACUGGAGCCCAGCAGACCAGAAGUGUAUGAGCAGAGGGCGGAGAUUCUGUCUCCUCUGGGCCGCAUCAGUGAAGCUCUGUCAGACCUGACUAAAGCCAUACAACUGCAGCCUUCAGCCCGACUCUACAGACACAGAGGAACACUGCUCUUCAUAUCAGAGGAUUAUAUGGCAGCAAUGGAUGAUUUCCAGCAGUCUCUAGAGCUAAAGAAGAACCAGCCCAUCGCUAUGCUCUAUAAAGGGCUGACAUUCUUCCACAGGGGUCUCCUUAAAGAGGCCAUAGAGGUGUUUAAAGAAGCUCUCAAAUUAAAGUCGGACUUCAUAGAUGCAUAUAAAAGCUUGGGUCAGGCUUACAGGGAGUUGGGUGAUUUCGAGAAUGCAAUGGAGAGUUUCCAGAAAGCUCUGUUACUGGAUCAGAACCACAUUCAGUCACUCCAGCUCAGGGGAAUGAUGCUGUACCACCACGGCAGCCUGCAAGAGGCCAUCGGCAACUUUAAGAGAUGUCUGCAGCUGGAGCCCUAUAAUGAGGUGUGUCAGUACAUGAAGGGUCUCAGUCAUGUGACCAUGGGUCAGUUCUACGAGGGCAUUAAAGCUCAGACUAAAGUCAUGCUCAAUGACCCUCUCUUGGGACAGAAAGCCAGCUCUGAAUAUCUCAAAGUCAAAUAUCUCAGAGAAUACUCUCGUUAUUUACACUCUCAUCUGGAUGUACCUGUUGCGGAAUAUAAUGUUGAUCAGGAUUUGCCUGGAAACUUUAAGAACCACUGGGCCAAAAAUCUUCCCUUCCUCAUCGAGGACUAUGAAGAACAGCCUGGACUUCAGCCUCAUAUUAAAGAUGUUCUACCUCAGAACUUUGACAGUUACUCUGCUGAAGUUCAGAAGCUCAUCUGUACAGCCGAUCACCUCGGCGCACUGAUGCAGUACGACACAUUAGGGUUCCUACCAAACCUCAGAAUACACCGAGCGAUGGGUUUGGCCACCAUAGAGGUAAUGCAGGCCAUGCAGCGCACCUGGAGUAACUCGAAGGUUCGAGUCAACGGAAAGACCAGACAGCUGCAGUGGAGAGACAUGUUUGACAUUGCAGUGAAAUGGAGAAGGAUUGCAGAUCCAGACCAGCCUGUGCUGUGGUUGGAUCAGAUGCCUGCCAGGAGUCUUAGCAGAGGAUUUAACAACCACAUUAACCUCAUCAGAGGGCAGAUCAUAAAUAUCAGAUAUCUGGAGUAUUUCAGUAGUAUUCUCAUCUUCGUAAAGGACAGAAUACUGGUUUAUCAUGGGGCGUAUAACCCUCGGGGCCUUCAGGAAGUCAAGCAGGCUCUGGAAAAUGUUAAUAAAGUGGAGGAUCUGCUGCCCAUCAUGAAGUUCAACAGUAAAACCAGAGAUGGUUUCACAGUCAAUUCUAAAGUGCCCAGUAUGAAGGAUCCUGGGAAAGAAUACGACGGUUUCACCAUCACCAUCACCGGAGAUCGAGUGGGAAACAUGCUAUUUUCAGUAGAAACUCAGACCACAGAUGAGAGGACGCAGCAGUAUCAGUCAGAAAUUGAAGCUCUCUAUAAAGAUCUCACUGCCAAAGGCAAAACCCUGAUGCUCUCCACUGAACUAGGGGACGCAGAUGCCGUGUGUAAUUUAAUUCUUUCUCUGGUGUAUUACUUCUGUAACCUCAUGCCACUGUCCAGAGGCUCCAGUGUUGUGGCGUAUUCUGUCGUCAUGGGAGCUCUGAUGGCCAGUGGGAAAGAGGUCCUGGGCCGAAUCCCAUCUGGAAAGCUGUUUGACUUCGAGGCUAUGACUACAGCCAAUCCAGAUCGCUUCAGUAAGACCGUCAAGAGUUGGAUGAAUUUAAAGAGUUUGCCAAGUUGGUACCAGAACCUUCCGUCAGUUUCAGAGACGUUCCAGUUAACAAGGACCAUGAUUGAAGUUCUAAAUACAGACUCAUCUUCGCACUGUCCCAAGAAAUCCUAAACUUGAAAUACCAUCCAAUUAUUCAAAACUCAAACAAGGGCCGUCUCUACUCAGGGCAUCUUUGCUCACAGUUCUCACUUUUACAUGGUUUUACAUAUCAAAUUUCAGUGCAAAUUCUCUUUGAUUUUAGCUUUCCACAAACAUGGAGAAGAGAGUUGACUCUUUGUUCAAAUUUUAAAUUAAAUAUAAAUUUGUGUUGCUGUUUAUUAUGUAAUUAAAGUUCAGCAAUUGCAAGCAUAAUCUGAGUUGAAAAAAUAAAUAAAUAAAACAGCAGGAAAUGUAGCAGAAUAUAAAUUAAAAAAUCUUUAUUAAAUUAUUAUUCAUCAGUUGCUUUUUAGUUUUAGAAUCAAAUCGGUGACUGGUUGCAGAGAUGUCCUUUGAAGAGUAUAUCAAGCAAUAUUAUUCAGAUCUGAGUUCCUUUCUGAAUACUUGAACACAGUGGGGAAAGAUGUUUGCAAAUGUUUUUGUUGUUUGAAAGGCAGAUUUUACCAUGUUUACUGUCCACACUGGCUUCUUUAUUAUUCUUUUUGUCGUCUCUACUUAAUGGCUCAACUGAAUAAUGCGCGAUGAGAUUCUGGAGAUGUUCAUCUGAUCUUAAACACUGGAAACAGUUAAACCUCAAUCUUCAGUUGAUGAAGGCAAAAAAGUCUUACCUUUCCUUAAUCUUAUAAAUCCUUAAUUUUAUUUUAGCAUCUUCUUAAGUGACCAUUUUAAGUAGCUUUUCGGUUUUCUCAUUCAUGUGGUUGGUGCUUAAUGGAAAAAUACUUAUUUCCUUUAUUUUUUCCUGUGAAAAUGUAAGAACAACAGUGUUUUUUUUUUUCAUGAGGGGAAAUAAAGGUGGGUUCUUUAACGCACAAGAAAAAAAAAACCUUUAAAAUGGAAAAUCUAUGACUUCAUUUGAUCGAGCAGCCACAGUCAAUAAAAUCAGUUGAAAGAAA